AUGGUCACGGGAAAACCCGUGUGGCAAGUUGGAAAUAAACACGAGUUAGCCAUGAAAAUAGCGUCCAACAUGCCAGAAAUACCAGAGAAUCUCUCCCCUGAGGCCAAGAGUUUCUUGAAAGUGUGUUUAGCGAGAGACCCGUGGCGAAGAUGGACGGCGAAGAAGCUGCUGGGUCACCCAUUCCUUGAGAGAUUCGGUGCUCUUGAAAGCAAGGAAGAGGAAGGGUUUGUGAACCCUUUGGGGCCUUGGCGGUGGAGUUCCAGUAGAGAUUUGUUCACAGUGCCAUCGUUUACUUAUAUUGUGGAAAAUGAUGUGUUCCUGGAGAAGGAGAAAGAGAAAGGCCUUGUUUGCGGAUUUGCUCCAAACCGCCAAUAUACAAAACGCUGCAUAUAG